AUGGACAACUUCCUCCUUGAAAAUGCCGCACGCCAUCAACUUCUGGUCGCAAGGUUCAAGCCCUCUUAUGAGGCAAAGACCGUUGACAAUGGCAGAAGCAACCCCAACAUCGUGGUGGCAACCCGCAUCCGGCCCAUGUUGGAAGAAGAAGUGUCAUCGGGCCAAGUUGUCGCUGCUUUUCCCCGGGAUGAUAGCAGUGGCGUUGUGGAUAUACAUCAGCUACGACGGGUGGUCAGGGGUCCACCUCUGAAUUCGUUCUCAUUUCAAGCUGGCAAGGUCUUUGGCUCCAGUGCCUCGACUGAAAGCGUCUACGAAGACCUGGUGCAUCCACUCCUUCCGCACGCCUGGAAUGGCAAUAUCGGAACGUUGUUCGCCUACGGCCAAACAGGAGCAGGCAAGACGUACACCGCCAGUGGCCUCGCGCGGUCUAUUGCGAAAUCAAUUUUCCACGGGUCUUUGCCGGGGGAUCGCAACAUACAUCUUAGCGUGUUCGAGCUUGCGGGCAACUCAGCCUUCGACCUCCUCAACUCCCGAUCACCCUUUUCAGUCCUGGAAGACGUGCUCGGCAAUACCCAGCUUGUCGGCGUCGAGGAGAACCCAAUCCAGAAUUCAUCGGAGCUUCUCGAGUUGAUCGAUCACGCAAACUCGUUCCGACAGACAGCUACGACGGAGAAGAACGACAGCUCCUCGCGUUCCCAUGCCAUCUGUCGCAUCAGAAUUGAAAACCCAGCCCCCGAGGCUGUGGAAGAUGGGAUUUUGUACAUCGUUGAUCUUGCCGGUUCGGAGGCCGCGCGAGACAUUUCCAACCAUGGAGCAGAACGCUUGAAGGAAACACGCGAGAUCAACAUUAGUCUCUCUAUUCUUAAAGAGUGCAUUCGCGGAGUCUCCGGGAUUGAUUCUGCAGGGCCAGCUGGGAAGCAGGCCAAGAAGACAUAUAUUCCAUUCCGACAGAGCAUGUUGACCAAGGUGCUCAAGCAUUUGUUUGAUCCUGCCAGCAGCCGGGAAUGCAGGACUGCUGUUCUAGCGUGUGUCAACCCCAGCUUUCUGGAUGCUGGGGCUACCAAGAACACCCUUCGCUAUGCCGAGAUGCUUCUCCUGUCCCGACCAGUCCGAAAGGCCGCCAGUUACGACCCUGCUGCUCCAAGCACAUGGAACAACCGAGAUCUUCGAAGAUUCAUAGAAUCAAAGUCCGGGACUCCUUUUAUUUCGCCCUCUGAGCUUGCGCCCCAUGAAACUGGAUCUCAGCUACUGCAGCUUCCGCUCGACAAGUUCACAGCUCGCUGUCUUCAAACAGCUGGGGUCACUGAGUACCAGGCUAAAAAAUUCCAUUCUCUGUUAUGGGAGAUGCAUAUCGACUCCAGGAGUGGUGCUAAGUAA